AUGUCUGGAGUCACUGACACAGCUCACGUCCUAGCUGAUUUCAGCAUUAACCCUAUGGGGUGCGAAGUCAGUACAAGCAAGUAUCUGAGAGAGGCGAUUAAGAUUGUCGACGAGUCUGGACUUAAUUAUCAUACCCAUGCUAGUGGAACUAACAUAGAGGGCAAGCUCGAUGAAGUAAUGAUUGUUGUUCGAAAGUGUAUUGAUAAAACCCAUAGUAUGGGAUGCCCUCGUGCCGAUACUAUUGUCAAGCUUCAGACUCGUACCGACAAGUCCAAGACCAUCCGUGACAGCAUGAGCAUUACUAAAUCGAGGAUAUAA